GUUAGAUUUGCCUGAUUUGGAACACCUUGCGAUAUAUUUACGAUCAGUACACAAACCCUAAAACCUCUGAACAGACUGACAGCACUUCUUAGCCUCCUUUCUCACUCUUUAUCUGAGAGCUAGGCCGUCGGGUUGUUCUCCUUCUCCUCGGAUCUUCUUGCGACGAGUGAGCACUCCGAUCUAUUUAGCCAUGGCUCUGGUGUUGCACUCGUGGGCCUCAAAUAGAAAUGCUUUCAAGGCUCUAAUUGCUGCAGAGUACUCUGGUGUCAAAGUUGAAUUGUUCAAGGAUUUUGAGAUGGGUGUGACAAAUAAGACUCCUGAGUUUCUUAAGAUGAACCCAAUUGGAAAGGUCCCCGUGCUGGAAACACCUGAUGGCCCUGUCUUUGAGAGCAAUGCCAUUGCUCGUUAUGUUACCCGAUUGAAGGCAGAUAAUCCUCUAUAUGGAUCUUCAUUGAUUGAAUAUGCCCAAAUCGAGCAGUGGAUUGAUUUUUCAUCAAUGGAGAUCGAUACCAACAUUGGAAGCUGGUUGUAUCCACGACUUGGCUAUCGUUUAUAUCUUCCUGCGGCUGAGGAAGUUGCAAUAUCUGCUCUGAAGAGAGGUCUAGGUGCUUUGAACACAUAUCUAUCUUCAAACACGUACCUGGUCGGACAUUCUGUGACGUUGGCUGAUAUUAUCAUGACAUGCAAUUUGAAAGAUGGCUUCAGCCUAUUGAUGACUGUGAGCUUUACAAAAGAAUUUCCUCAUGUUGAGAGAUAUUUUUGGACUAUGGUUAAUCAGCCAAAUUUCUCUAAGAUAUUGGGUGAGGUGAAACAAGCAGAAUCUGUUCCUCCUGUUCAAAAGUCUACACAGGCAAAAGAACCUGUAAAACCUAAGGCAAAGGAGGAGCCAAAGAAAGAGACCAAAAAGGAAGCCAAGAAAGAACCAGCAAAGCCUAAAGAAGAGGACGGUGCAGAGGAAGAGGCACCGAAGCCCAAGCCAAAGAAUCCACUUGAUCUUUUGCCUCCUAGUAAGAUGAUUCUUGAUGAAUGGAAGAGACUUUAUUCAAACACAAAGACCAACUUCCGUGAGGUUGCUAUUAAAGGCUUUUGGGACAUGUAUGAUCCCGAAGGUUACUCACUUUGGUUUUGUGACUACAAGUACAAUGACGAGAACACAGUCUCAUUUGUGACACUCAACAAGGUUGGCGGCUUCCUGCAGCGCAUGGAUUUGGCUCGUAAGUAUGCUUUUGGGAAGAUGCUGGUGAUUGGCUCAGGGCCACCCUUUAAGGUGAAGGGCCUGUGGCUCUUCCGUGGACAGGAGAUCCCUCAGUUUGUACUUGAUGAGUGUUAUGAUAUGGAGCUGUAUGAAUGGAAGAAGGUUGACAUUGCAGACGAGGCACAGAAGGAGCGUGUGAAUCAGAUGAUUGAAGAUUUUGAGCCUUUUGAGGGAGAGGCUUUGUUGGAUGCCAAGUGCUUCAAGUGAGAAAUUUCCUGUCUUGGACUAGUAUAACUUUAGCCUUUGGGAGUCUCAAAAUGAACUUUGUUUUUGUUUUUUGUUUGUUUGGUUGUGACUGGUAACCAUUUUUGUGAAACACCUUGGCAUAUGAUGUUCCUGUUUAUCUGAAGUUUAUUGGGAUACUGUUAUUUAAAUUAUGUUAGACCAGCUGAAUUUUCAGUUUAGAGAGUGGUUUGUAGA